UCUGUUUCUGUCGAUGAAAGAAAAAAAAAACUUCUCACUUGGUUCUGUUUCUGUCGACUCAGUAAGAGCGUCUCUCUUCAGUGAUUAAUCGAAUUUGCGGAGGGCUCGACAAUCUGAGAUUCUCCUCUGUUUUAAUGUCCCAAGGAUAUUCAUUUCUUCACUAUCCUUACGUUUUCAACAAAACCCUUCUAUCUUAUUACCUUUCGUCUCUAUCUCCGUAUCACGAAGCUAUUGUUGUCUUAACCCAAUCAGAAAAAAAAAAACUUUUUUGUUGUAUUAACCCAAUUUCUUCAUUCUCCAUGUACUCUGUAUCACUCUGAUCCGAAUGUAUAAUAUGUGCCACGAACCUAUCAAUAUCUCUCCGGCAGAGUCCGAAAUCACAUUUCCUGAGUUAGACCACAUCCCCUUGACGGCACGGCGGAGUUUGUUGCUAUCAAGUGAAAGAGUCUCUCAAAGUAUUGUGUCUGCACCCAAUGUUGAUUGUAUCGUGAAAAGGGAAGAGGAUUGCAACAGUGAGCUGGGUGUAGUGUCAAAUUGUGGUGCUCCAGAAUCUACAAGCAUUGGUUGCAGUCAAGGUCUAAAUGAAUCUGGAAACCUAAGACCACAGAACAACAUUUUCGUAUGUGGUGGUAAUGCCGAUGAGAAUUUCAACAGAGUGGAACAAAUCGAAGAAGGCGCAGGGAGUGAUGCUCUUGAACAUCUCACACUGAAAGAGAGGCGCAAAAUGCUUUUAGAAAGUUGCAAGAUGGUGGUAAGGUUGCCAGAAUCGAAUGAAGAGGAUGAUACGAAAGAUUGCGAUGAAACCGAUCUUGAUAAAAUAAAAGCAGAGGUUUCAUGCAAAAAUGGGAUAGCUUCAUCUUCUGCGGUCCGAUUCAGUGGUUUUCUAGAGAAAAUUGAUUCUUUCCUCUAUAAAAAGGUUACUAUAGCUUCAAAUUCCGGAAUUCAAGAGAGUGAUGCAGCUGCAGCAGAAAAGCCGAGAAACAGUGUAAAAACAGUCAAAACAUAUCCUCUUCCUUUGGAUGUGAGUGAAAUACAGUUGAAUCUAAAGGUCGAGCCUUUAGAAGAUUGCGUCAUGGAGAACAAUGACGAACGCAAUCAUGUUACCUCAGAGCAAGUAGAGAUCGAAAGAAAGGUGGAAACCCAUGAUGAAGGUCAUGAUGAAAAUGAGCUAGAUUGCGCGAGUUUGAGCUCUCGCUUGAAUCGUUGUACAUCUGCUCCGAAUCCUUCUGUGUUUGUGAAAAACGAAGCAGAGACCGCUAGUGAAUUGGAUGAAGAUGAGAUAGACCACAUGAAAUUAAUUGAUCGAUUAAAGCUUCGAUCUUUUCAAGGUUCAGGUCAUCAUGAAGACCCUCAUUCACCUAACUCAGGUUUUAGCUUCUGUACAUCUGAUGAGUACGUUAAACCUUUGAGGAUAUUGCGUCCUUGGAAGCGAAAGAGAACCGCCACGGACUCAAUUGAGACAGCUCUGGAGGAAGAUGCUCCUGGUCUUUUGCAGGUACUUAUUCAACAAGGGGUAUCAGUAGAUGAACUUAGGCUUUAUGGGGAGAAUGCAGGUGGAGGUGAUUCCUCAGAUGAUUCUCUUCUCGAAGAGAGCUUCUCGGAGCUCGAAGAUGUGAUCUCGCAGCUUUUCUUUAAACGCGCGACGGGCCCGAAACUUCUUAACUUAAGCUUCUCAAAAGCUUCAAGAACUAGCUAUUGCCUGACCUGUCUAUUCUCCCUCAUUGAACAGGCGCGGUAUUUGCAGUUCCGCAAAUGGCCUGUUGAAUGGGGCUGGUGCCGUGAUCUCCAGUCUUUCAUAUUCGUUUUCGAGAGACAUAACCGGAUAGUAAUGGAACGGCCUGAAUAUGGCUACGCAACAUACUUCUUUGAGCUCAGCAACACUGCAUCAAUCGGGUGGCAGAUAAAAAGAUUAGUCUUGGCCAUGAAACUCGCGAGCUGUGGCCGAUAUCAGCUGAUUGAAAACAAGCCAUUACUGGUAGGAGAAGAUAUGACGGAAGGCGAAGCGGAAGUACUGAUGAAGUACGGUUGGGUUGCGAACACGGGACUAGGGACAAUGCUAAACUACUGCGACAGGGUCUACCACGACAGGAAGAGCCAUAAAGAGACAUCGGAAUGGAGAUCUAAGAUUUCUAAGCUUCUUGUUGAUGGCUAUAACAGUGGAACCAUUGUCUCAACUUGCAUUGCUCAUUAUUGUGAUGUUGAUGAUGGACUUGACAUGGGAGAUGUUAAGCUUGAGCCUUGCUGAUACUGUGAAUCUCUCUGGUGGCAAUUAGUGUUUUUAGAGUUUUCAACUGUUGAUAUGAAGCCUUAGAUUGUUUGUUUUAUUUGAUCAACCAAAUUUGUUGGAAUCAGUAAGUAUUAUCAAAAAAUAUAUAUAUAUUGUUUACUCU